AUGCAAAAAGCUGGAAACAAGAAGAUAGAAGACUUAGGGAAGCUACUCCAUAAAAAUAUCUCGCAAAAUCAGAAGAAUGUAUGGAAAGCGAAGGUUCCAUCAGAAGGUCAGGAAUUAACUGCUAUUCCGUCAUCAUCAGGGUUAACAUUGAAAGAAAAAGAGAAAAUUCCUACGGCCCUAAAUGAUCAAAGUCCAGAUCAAAAUGGUCAGAGGGAAACACCAGAAGAUUGUACUGAGAGCUUGGACGAAAUACCAGAGAAGGAAGGCACUCUCAAUGCUACUUUGAUAUUUCUUAAGCCGGCUUUAAAUGAGAAUUUAGACGACGUUGCCCUAGAAUCUGGAAGUGAUAAUGAUGUUUCUACAAAGGAGGGUGAUGGAAAUUUGUUGGAAGUCCAAGAUGGAAAUGAAUUUGAUAAUCCACUUGAGGCAAAUAUUCGUUCUUACUCUCAAGACGAUAUGAUUGUUAAUCCAACCAAAAGUGUGCAGCUUCUGAGAGGAGCCAAUUCGGAUGGAGAGCAUGAACAAAAGAAGAAAGGACGACCGAGAGGUUCAACAAAAACAACAAAUCCUCCAGCCUCAGAAAUUCGUCGAUCGACGAGACUCCAAGGUGACACCAAUCCAAAAAAAAAUUUAAAUGAAUAA